UUCCUACGCUUUGCGGAGCGCCACCGUCGGCUGCUCAACGCCUACCUGCGCCGAGCGCCGACGUUGCUUGAAGGUUCGCUGUCGCCGCUGAUGCUGGUGCCACGCCUGAUCGAUUUCGAUAACAAGCGCGCCUGGUUCCGGAGUAAGGUUCGCGCGACGCCUGACAACGAGCGGCCGUAUGGCUCCCUGCGGCUAGCGGUGCGCCGCGAGCACGUCUUUGAGGAUAGCUUCUACCAGCUGCGUGGCAGGCCGGCGGAGGAAAUGAAGCUCAAGCUGAAUGUCACAUUUCAGGGCGAGGAGGGCAUCGAUGCGGGUGGCGUAACUCGCGAGUGGUACCAGGUGAUGGCCCGCGAAAUGUUCAACCCCAACCUGGCGCUGUUCGUGGCAGUGCCGGAUGGCGGCUCCACUUUCCAGCCCAACCCGAACAGCCACGUGCAGAACGACCGCGGUAUUUCCCACCUGGACUACUUCCGCUUCGUGGGGCGCGUCGUGGGAAAGGCUUUGUACGACGGGCAGCUCAUCGAUGCAUACUUUACCCGUUCCUUCUAUAAGCACCUGCUUGGGUCGCCGCUGACGCACGUGGACCUCGAGGCCGUGGACCCUGAGUACUACAAGGCGCUGGCGUGGAUGCUGUCGAACGACAUUACCGACGUUCUGGACCUGACCUUCACUGCCGAAACGGAUUUCUUUGGGCGCAAAGAGACAGUGGAGCUGGUGCCAGGCGGCAAGGAUAUUCGCGUGACAGAGUCCAAUAAACGCGAGUACGUCAACCUAGUGGCUCGCCACCGCAUGACCACAUCCAUUACGGCCCAGAUCAAUGCCUUCCUGGAGGGCUUCUGGCAGCUGGUGCCACGCCACCUAAUCGCCAUAUUCAAUGACCACGAGCUGGAGUUGCUGAUCAGUGGCCUGCCGGAUAUCGAUGUAGACGACCUGCGUGCCAGCACAGAGUACAGCGGGUAUAGCGCCACGUCUCCCGUGGUCCGCUGGUUCUGGGAGGCGGUCGGUGAGAUGGACAAGCAGGAACGCGCCCAGCUGGUGCAAUUUGUGACGGGCACAUCGAAAGUUCCGCUGGAGGGCUUCAAGGCGCUGCAGGGCAUCAGCGGGCCGCAGAAGUUCCAGAUCCAUAAGGCUUAUGGCGAUGGUUCAAGGCUGCCCUCGGCUCACACGUGCUUUAACCAGCUGGACCUGCCUGAGUACGAAAGCAAGGAGCAGCUGGUUGAGCGGCUCAAGGUGGCCGUACACGAGGGCAACGUGGGCUUUGGUUUCGGGUGAUGUGUCCUGGCAAACAUGGCUGGAUGCCUGGGAGAGAUACGCAUGGAUGUGCUGUGGAUAUGCAUGCAAGGAUGGAAGGAUCAGCUUGUGUACAGUUCAAAAGGCAUGUUCACCGGGCAGGAGCGCAGUGUUUGCCCUAUACACUGUUGUUAGGUCACGUUGAUCAAAUUGUAGAACUAUGGGACGUUUUGUUCCAAUGUCUUUUCCAAGUAGCCCACAGCCUUCACCAAAAAUAUAGGAUCAAGCCGUGUGGAUGUAGGCAUUGUGAAAAUCGUGUGUUUACUAUGUAUCGUCGAGUCGCGGUAGCUAGUAUCUUGCAGGCGACGGUGCGCUGCAAAGUGUGCUUAGUGUAGAAAGGAGUGAUAUAGCCCGUCUGCAGCGGAUUUGUUUUCGACUUUUAGGACUGUGUUGAGUAUAACUUCUUACAAGGUUGAGCGAAGGGCCGACUGGGACAUCUAACCAUGUAAUCAUGUUGAAUUCUCA